GCCUGUGCGUGUACGACGGCCACACACACACACACACAUAGUAAACAUGAUCAGCUGGAGGUGCUAGUGGUGGACAAGUGUUGCACGACUGUUAGUGUCAGGAAGACACCCUCAGGCAACACCAGGAUAGCCUUCCUUUCCCUGACGCUAUCUGAGGCUACCGACGGUGUCAAUUCCACUCUUAACAUCGUUGAUACUACUGUACACCUGUCUGCCACCCUCUGUGUUCCUGACACCCUUACUUGCUGACACACUUACUGUUCUUGUCUGCCACCGUCAUUGUUCCUGACACACUUACUGUUCCUAUUUGACACCAUCUGAGUUCCUGACACAUUGUUCUUGCCUGCUUCCAGCAGUGCUGCUGACGCAGCCUUGGCCUGAUUAUUGCUACCUGAAACCAUCUCAAGAUAACCUGCCAACAUGGGCAUGCAUCGCAUUUUGCAAGGUGUGAUGAAGUACAGACGCACAAAGAGAGAGGGCAUGGUGAAGCAGUUUGAAGUUGUACGAGAUGACCCACAUCCUAAAGCGGUAUUCUUCACCUGCAUAGACAGUCGGAUGCUUCCCACAAGAUUCACGCAAACAAAUGUUGGCGACAUGUUUAUUGCUAUGUACAGUACGAAAUGCUGGGAACUUGGUGCCUCAUGCCAACUUGUGCGGCCAUGAAGAGAUCACAACAGAACCAGCUGCUCUGGAGUUGGGCUGUGUCAUAAAUGGCAUCAAGCACGUCAUUGUCUGUGGUCACUCUGACUGUAAGGCAAUGAACAUGCUGCAUAUGAUGCGGAACAGUGACCGCACCCUGCAAGAGGUGCUCAAGGUCUCUCCCCUCAAGGCCUGGCUCAUGCGCCAUGGCCAUUCAUCUGCAGGAAAAUUUGCACAGUUGGAAUUGUCUAAUUUCCAAGCUCCUCUGGUAUUUCAGGCCGAGACCCCAAUGCGACGCUUCAUUGCGUAUAUUGACCCAGAAAACAAGUUCUCGGAGGAAGACAAACUGUCUCAGGUGAACACACUUCAGCAGCUACAGAAUAUAGCCAGCUACAACUUCAUGCGUGAAGGAUUGUCUCGAGGUAGAGUAUACAUCCAUGCUCUGUGGUUUGAUAUUUAUACGGGAGAUAUUUAUUAUUUUAGUCGUCAACAGAAAAUGUUUGUUGAUGUGAAUGAGAGCAAUAUGGAGAAACUAGAGGAAGAAGUAUUUAAAUAUUAUACAUAAAAAAAUUUCAUUUGGAUAGUCCUAGUAGGUAGACAUACUGUAGUUGAUGUAUAUAUUUUUUUAAAUUAUUUGAGUGUUUUGUAUAUAUUUUCAUAGAUGGAAAAAAGAAAAAAAGAGAAUUCUAGCCAGUUUGAAGUUACUGAAGUUCAGUUGUCAUUCCAGUGUGCACUACAGAUUUCUAGGUUCACACAGGUACAGGUUACAAAACUUCAUUGAGAAAUUUACAAUGUGCUUGAUUCUCUCCAUUCUUGCAAUUUAUAACCAGAGAUAACAAGUUAUGUGAUGGUUGCUGUAAACUUGUAAAGAAAACCAAUAAGACAAACUAAAGCUGCAAGUGGUAAUCACUCAUUUGGCUACAUCUGGUCAAUGGACAAACUUUGGCGCUUCUGAUGUGCAGAAGCAGUACCCCAAUAGAUAUAAUUUUCCCAAUGAUUCUUAUAAAUCAUUCCUAAAGAACCAACAAGAUGAAAGAAAAUUAUAUGCAGAUGUGUUGCUUGUAAUGGGUUCAUCAAAUCUAACAGAUACAGAAAGAUAUAGUAAUAAUAAAAAAGGGAAAAAUUAUUAGUGAUUUCAGCGAGACAAAUGUGAAGCAAAAUCAGUGAAGUGAAGGUGAGGGACAUAAGGGAUUGUUAUAAUUAAUAUAUUUUUAAACAUUAAUUUAGCUAGGUGGGUAGUAGCAUUGAUUUUUCCUUCAUCUGUUCAAUGGUGCAGUGUUUGGUGGCUGCAGACUCGGUACAUUAUCUCCUAUUGUUGUUUUCUUUGAUGAUUAGUUCAGCAUUCUUAAAAUUAAUGGGGUGUUGCUCCUGGUUGUGUACUCGCCUAGUUGUGCUUGUGGGCAUUGAGCUCUGGCUUUUUGGUCCCACCUCUCAACUGUCAAUCAACUGGUAAACAGAUUCCUGAACCUACUGGACUCUUAUCAUAUCUACAUUUAAAA